UGAAUGCUGCUAACACGCUAGCAGAGCAGAGAUAAACUUAUCUGCAACUAACCUGCUCCUCUUUACUGACAAGAUAGUUCCAAGUGCACGGCAGCGCCAGUGACUCUCAGAAUGGAUCUGGAAGAUGACACCACAGUGUUAACAACCUUGAAGUCCUUCAAUUCCUUCAUCAGCCGCUCUGAAAAUCCACAGCGGCUGUCAGAGCCCUCAGCAGGGAGUGGAAACCUGCAGAGUCAGUACAAGCGCAGCUUGGAGCUUUUGGAAGCAGCAGAGAGAGUUCAGUCUAAGAAUCGGUACCUGCAGUUGGACCAGGAGAAGAAACAAAUGGAGCUGAGUCACAAGCGAGCUCGUUUUGAACUUGAGAAGGCAGCUUCUGACAGCGCACGAGACUUGGAGCAUGAGGUGGACCGAAAUCAGGAACUUUUGGGACGGAUAAAAAAGUUGGAGGAGAGAGAGACAGAAACGACCAAGAAUCUGUCGGAUCAGAUGGAGGCAAAUCGUGCUCUCCGUAAGAACCUGGAGGGUCUGAACAAGAAACUGGAGGAGCGAGAUACCAAACUGAAUACAGCUAAUCAGACCAUCAGUUCUUUGAAGGAUGAGAUCAGAGAGCUGAAGCAGACGAUUCAAAAUCAAGACUUGACAAUUUCUACUCAAACCCUGGAAAACCAGGAGCUGCAGGAACAGCUCGAUUUACAACGCAGGAAGUAUCAGGAAGUCUCCCAACUUUGCCAAAGUCUCCAAGCUGCCCAGUCCUCUUGCUCAGAGCACAUCAUCAAGAUUAAGGAGUUGGAGAGGCGUCUUAACCUCCAGGAGCAAGAUAUUGCCAUUGUGAAGACUGUUAAGUCAGAGGUGGCCAGAGUUCCAGAUCUGGAAAAGGAACUGAAGCGCCUCAGAGAGGAUAAUAGCUUUCUCAGGGAGAGUAGAGAGAACUGCAGCCUGUUGAAGGAGGAGGUGGAGGGAUUACGGAGGAAGCUGGAGAGGAUGGAGAAAACCAAAGAAGAGCUGGUUAAUAUGGAACUGGAGAAAGAGAGGCUUGCUGAGAAGCUCCAAGCCUGGGAAAACCUCGGCCAGUCUACUGGACUCAACAUAAGGAAACCAGAGGAUCUGUCCAGGGAGGUGAUUCAGAUCCAGCAGAGAGAAAUUGCUCUGAAAGAGCAGAACUACACGCUCAACAGCCGAGUGAGGAGUGUGGAGCGCUCGCAGUCUGAGCUUCGUGCAGAGCUGACCCAGCAGCGCAGCAAGACUCUGGAGGAGCAGAAGAAGAGAGAGACACAGGAUGCGCUCGUCCGUCGACUACAGAAGCGAGUGCUGUUGCUAACCAAGGAGCGUGAUGGAAUGCGUGCCAUACUAGAGUCCUAUGACAGCGAGCUGGCGCCUACUGAGUACUCUCCUCAGCUCAACAAACGACUCAGAGAGGCAGAGGACAUACUGCAGAAAACACAAAGCUACAAUGCAGAGAUGGAGGGCCAGCUGACCAAAGCACAGGAGGAGACAGGAGCACUUAAACUGCAGCUACAAACAGUGGAACUGGAGCUGGAGUCUCUAAAGAAACAGCAAGCUGCUGCCGCUGACAGCAACCCUUUAGUCAUCAAAGAAGAGGUCAACAUACUCAGACAGAAAAUUGAAGACCUAGAGCGAGAGCGGCAACGUUUGGAGGAGCAGAAUAACAUUCUGGAGAUGAGACUGGAGAGACACAACCUACAGGGCGACUACGAUCCAGUCAAAACCCGUGUCCUCCACUUCAAAAUGAACCCCACCGCUGCCGCCAAGCAGGAGCGCCAGCAGGAAGUGGACACUCUUCGGGACGAGGUGGCACAUCUCAGGGAACUUGUGCGCUCUUUGCAAGGCGGAGGCGCUGCGGUGCAUUCACAAGACGACUCCAGUAUACACGCCGCCAGCCUCAGUCUCAAUUUGCCGCCGUCAAAAGAGGUGCAGGAUCUACGAAAACAGAUGGAGAGCUCAGAGCUUAGAAACCAGAGGCUGAAGGAGGUGUUUCAGAAAAAAAUUCAGGAAUUCCGCACAGUCUGCUACGUCCUGACCGGCUACCAGAUGGAUAUUACCACCGAGAACCAAUACAGGCUCACCUCAGUCUAUGCAGAGCACAUGGACGACUCCUUGCUCUUCAAAAAGGGCUCCAAUGGAAGCAUGCAGCUCAUGGAGACGGAGUUCUCUAAAACUCUGGGAGAGAUGGUGGCUCUUCAUCUGCAUCACCAGAAGAGCAUCCCAGCGUUUCUCUCCGCAGUGACCCUCGACCUCUUCAGCCGACAAACCACCAUCUGACCACAUUUAACAGCAUCUCAGACACAGGUGUAAAAAUUUAACAUGAGACUAGUUUUGUUUGUAAAUUUCCCUCCCCGUCUGCUUCUUCUUUGGUUUUUUGUUUUUUUUUCUCCUCCUGUCUCAUGAAAUAUUCACAAAGUGUUCAAAAUGUCCCGGUAUUUCUCAACAGCUCUUACAUAUGAAUAGUGCAGUGAGUGCUGUGUUGUGGUGGGUGAUGGAAUACUUCCAUCUUUCAUUCAAAAGGCUAAGAAAGGAUCUUGGUACCCCUAUUUGUACGCUGAAUAUUUCAUCAAUGGAACCUUAAGGAAAACAUUUCUUCUUAACAGAACAAAGUCGUCAUGAAAAUGACACACAAAAGCCACUUAUAUUUGCAUUGGGAGCAUGUUUCUUACUGUUGAGCUGUGUGCAGCAAAAGAAACGUUUGUGUUGUUUUAUUCUGCCUUUUGCGUCCUCUCUCUGGGGGCCUCGUGUAAAAGGUUUCAUACAGAUGCGUUGUGGUUGCAACUAGUGCAAGCAAUUUCAAACGCUGCGUUAAAAAGAUCAUUUAGAAUACAUUAUCAGUUGAUUCUUCUUUUUUUUUCUCCCCCAUCCGGAUCCUAGUUUACAUCAAAAUCUCAAGUUUUUAAGUUCGUUCUGCCAUAGAUAAGAUGUUCAGAUUUUUCUUUUUAGUUAGUUAAUUAGGUAAAUUAUCUUAUAAAUGAUUAUGUCCUUAAGCUGAAGAUGAACUCAAGUUUCCUGCACUUACCUCUUUUUUGCCCUUUACAUUAGAGGAACCAAUAAAGGAGAAAGUGAAAAAUUUCCACUGCUGUGUGAAUAUGAAAAAGUAAUAUUUGAACUAACCUGCUCAAAUUCAAAGUUCACAGUGUAUCAGCAUAGCAGGCAGCGUCAUUUACUCAACCAGGGAGCAUUUGUGUUACCUGGACCACACAUAUGCUGUGUUGUACCCAGGAGACCCGUCAGUUCUUUUCAUUAUCUCUAAAUGGAAAAACCCCAUUGUUAAUCAUGACAUCAAACCAGACAUGUUAAUAAUUGAAUGUCAGUUUAUUAUUUGCCCUAAUAGUCGAUCAAAGACAUAUUAACCAUUAAGGUGAAGACGGGGACAUGCAUUUGAGAAAAUGUGUUGUAGAUUUGCUGUAGUACCUGGUUGUGCCACCAGGUGGAGCCUCUUACUGUUGGAUGAGAUGGAGUUACAGGCGUGUUGGCUGACCGCCUGUCAGGGCUUCAGAAAAUGAGUGUAACCACGGAAAACCAGUGGAAGACUGCAGCUCGUAUAUUUAACGCUUUGGAUUUUAAGCCAGUCCUUGAAUGGCCAUUUUAAGUGGCGUCAUAAUAUUUUGGACUUCGGUAACCUUUAUCUGAUUUAAACGAGCAGAUUUUGCAGCAGUAGGUGUCAGUGGUAAAAAAAAACUUUAUCAUCGUCCAGGAGAGUCAGAUGUGUUUUGUCCAUUUAAACACUUGUCUGAUUAUUGAUUAUUAACUUGACAGGCUAUAGGUUUGACUGUAGGUUAAUGAGAUUGACAACAAUGUGAGAAGUAAAUGUGUGGAGUCAUUGAUGGAGAAACCAUGGACAGGCCUUUUGAAGAGGUGAAAGCGCUUUACAGCGACUUUAUCACGAAGCAAACGAGUCACCUGUCACUCAGCUAGUGUGAGAAUGAAAGGAGCCGUGUCAAUUUUACGGCAUUAUACUAGUUUUUCUCUUUCUGCAGACACUGGAGUGUCAUGAAGGUGGCUCACGACUAAGAGAAGACACAUGCGAAACAGCAGAGAAGCUUUCAUGUUUGACAUUUCGACAUUUGUUGAAACUGAAAAGGCCUUUACUGUGGGAGCAUUUUAGAUUCUGAUGAACGAUGAAUUAUUCCUCUUGUGAAUUUAGCUAAUGUUGUGUCUUUGCGUGAACACAAGGCGAGGGAAGUUUCUCGGCGGCAAUAAUGCGAAUAGGCAGAAAUAAACAUGGGGUGAAGAGGGACGCAUGGGAGCGAUCCAGUGAUGCUGAGAAACAAAAGGAAGUGAGCUGAGAAUAAAGCCACAUAUCACAGCAACAAUAGGAGAAGUCCAGCUGGUGCUGCCAUAUGUCUCCUGAGAAAACACAUUCUCCUGUACCGUACACGCCACAUACUGUCCUUGUUUUUUUUCACACGCUGUUACAUACGCAGCACAUCCUCCAUCGCACCCCACAGCUCUCGACUGGAGGUCAUAUUUUAGAGGCUUUCACAUAAGCUGUGCAGCACAUAUUGUACAGAUCACAUCCUCCUUCAGUGUGCUGUGCUGGAGCUUUAUCAUUGUUUCCCAUUUAACUGCUGUACCUGUUUCCUGUUUUGAAUUCGAAAUGCAAAUGGUGAUCAAUAAAACAUGCUGAUUUGAGUCGA